AAGAAAUAAUAAAGAAAGAAAAACACAAAUUCUGGACUAAUUUUGGCGAAGACUAUGGCCAAAAUUGUUUGUUUUAGCUAUGCCUUUCUUUUCAUCCUCGCCGUUGUUUCUGUGAUCGAAGUUGUCUGGGCUGGUGGGGAAGGAUCACUUAGUCUCGAAGAGUGUGGAUUUGCAUGUGCGGAUGUGCCCAACGUUGCUCAAAGACUCACCACAAGAAGCCAUGUUUGUUCUACUGCAGCAAGUGUUGUAAGACAUGUUUGUGUGUCCCAUCAGGAACCUUUGGCCACAAAGAUGAAUGUCCAUGCUAUAACAAUUGGAAAACCAAGAAAGGAACACCCAAGUGCCCUUAAUUUAAUUAAGAUCCUUCGAUACCGUACAAGCAUGUUGCUUUGAUCCAUGUAUUUCUCUCAUUUCUAUAUCUAAGAUUUUACUAUUGCCUUAACGGCCUCAUAUCAUGUUGAGUUACUAUUACUAAAUAUUGAUGUGACUAUUUAUAUUAGGCAUCAAAACGGGGCGGAGCGGGGUGGGUUUU